AUUUUAUCCAUUUGCAACGGGACCAUCCGGAACUAUUUAUUCGCCAGAAGGAAAUCCUGCCAGGAGUCAAAUCCCGAGAGACGCAGGAGUCUCUUUUGCGAAGAAGUCUUUUGACAUUGUCCAAAUUCGACUUUUCGGCGCGACGAUGUCUCUCUCGACCUCCGCGUUUCUCCUCGUGGUCGUAAGUGCCGCCCUCGCCAUCGACGUCCCUGACUUCAUCCACGUCUGCAAGAGGAGCGACCCUAACAUAGAGGCUUGCAUAACCGAAAGCGUGGAGAAGCUGAGGCCGUACCUGAAAACCGGGGUGCCCGAGUACAACAUCCCCUCCUUGGAACCUCUUUUGCUGAACGAGCUCGUUGCCAGCGAGGGGUCCGGGCUCAGGAUAACCGCGAAAAACGUCCACGCUUAUGGGGCCAGUGACUUCAUCGUAAGGAGACUGAAGAUCGACCUGGACCACCUGCGAUUCGCCGUGGACGUGGAUCUUCCUCAUCUCUACAUCGACGGCCAAUACUCCAUUGAUGGACGCGUCCUUUUGCUCCCCAUUCGUGGUUCCGGCCCCCUGUAUGGAAAUUUCUCAGCCGCCACAGGAGCCGUCAAGCUCAAGGGUGAACUUCGUAAGGACAAAGAAGGCCUGGAUCACCUACAUUUUGAGGAAUUCCGCAUGAAGAUCUCCAUCGGGAAGGGCUCGUUGAGGCUGGAAAACCUCUUCGGCGGCGAGCGCGCCCUCGGCGACGUCGUCAACGGCGCCAUCAAUAGUAACUUCGACUCCUUCAUCAAGGAACUUCAACCACUCAUUGAACACGCCCUUUCCGAGGCUUUCGUCGAGAUCAGCAACCGCAUCGUCAACCCUUUCACCUACGAGCAGCUCUUCCCGGAGCAUUAAUUCUUCUGUUGGUUCCACCACCGCCGCCAUCUUGGAUCUCGGCGUCCUCGACGCUCGAGUUCCUCCGGCGUCUCGUUUCUCGUUAAUAUAAUCGAGACAAAGCCGCCGAAAAAUGGCGAAUCAAGGGUGAAGAGCAAGAUGUACCAAAAAGUAGUCAACGACUUUCGCAGAAGAGAUCGAGCGAGAUGCCGGUGGGACCUCUCUAGUGGAUAAUUUAUAAUUUAUAAUUUUAGUUUUUAAUCACGAUAUAUAUAGAAUUGUCGAUGAAGUACUAAUUUUGACUCGUCGAGUCGAGGUAUAUCCUUUUUUCUAUAUACAUCCUCUCGACUGCUGAUCAUUUUCCCUUGGGAAAUAAAGAAUUCCGAUUUCUUAAAAAAU